AUGCAAAGUCUGAAGUCCUCCACGGUUCCUGUGCUCUCUCGGCGUCAAAAACCAUUGAGUACGAAUCAUCUCUUUUUACGCUGUGUAUGACGCUCGAGCUGUAGCUGUUAAAAUAAUUUUUUAGUAGUGUGUGUCCAGAAAACUGAAAGGAGACGGCAAGAACACUAUUAGAACCACAGAUUACGAACCUUUCAUAAAAGAAAGGGAAUCUUUCUCUGAUAAGAGUUGGCAUUCUCCAAACAAUGACCUUAAUUAGGCUCCUGACUUUUUGUUUUAUUCUAGUACAAGUUGCCAACGGGUUUGUGCCCGAUAUUGCUAUCCCGGUUGUCUUCGAAGAUGAUCGAAAAAUUUCGAGGGAUCUACUGAUCGACUUGACCAGUUCAUCCAGUUUUGUGCUUGAGAAAAGAGCCUUUGAAAAGUCCGUUGGAAGAAACAACACCUACGAACCUGAGGCCUCAAAGACCUUUAAGAAAUUGUCUGCGGGAAACUUGUCGUACGACCAGCCAUACAGUAAUCAUCAAGCGUUUGCUCAUGGAUAUUGGGGUGAAGAUGAACUGGCGAUAUCAGGAAUACAAUCGGAAGGAAGAUUCUUGGCGGUUAACAGGACUGUUGAUGGGCAAAUUACGCAACGGUUUAGCGGUAAAUAUGCGGCUGGAGUUAUUGGAUUUUCACAGAAAUGGGGAGUGAAAACUUUGAGAGACGGAGUGUUCAGAAGGAUCAGCAAGAACUUGUGUUUCUAUACCAGCUAUAAUGAGGAGUAUGUAAUGAGUUUUUGCUUUUUGACAACGUUCAGAUCUUAAUGAAAUUUGGCACUAUUACUAACGCAGUUUGUAGCCGCAAAUUUUCCCACACAUGAUUGUAAAUUUCAGAGCUGCAGUGACUACCGUCUCAUUGGGAGCCCAAGGCAAAAACACAAAGGAUCACAUUGUGUCGGCACCAGUUCAGCGCAACAUGGAAGGCCUUUGGCAGGUUCUCCUGACCUCCCUGAAGAUCGGGAAUUACAAUUUGGCCAGCCGGAAUUUUGCCAUUUUGAGCACUCUCACCGACAAGAUUGUGGUCCCGGAGAGUGUGUUCGGCAGCAUUGUGCGAGCCGUGAAAGCCCGCUUCGACAGUCGGCUUCAAUUAUACACAGUGGACUGUGACUUACAAACACAACUGCAAAUCGGAAUUCAAUUUGAGACCAUAACUUUGACGACACAUACGUUUAUUCAGUCCAAAGAUGGGCAAUGCAUUCUGAAUAUCCGGCCGCACAAACAGCCCACGUAUGUGCUAGGCGCGGCUGCAUUUGUCGACAAUGGAGUAUGCUUGGAUUUUUUCGACAGCAUCGUCACAUUUUUCCGACCCCCAAAGCUGGAGAAGCUCGUUGCAAACUGCUCUAGACGCGUUAGCAUAACGAAAGAAAAUGUUGAAUUUGAAAAUGUAGUUCUUCUGAAAUAAACCGUUAUGCAUCGGAUCCCAACAGAUUAGAGGAAACUUUUUUCUAUUGUAAAAAUCAACAAUUUUUGCGCUUACAGGUGAAGUAUCCAAAGAGUCACUUUCAGAUUUACGAGCUUCUAGCUCGACCUUUGCAGAAACGAAUUAGGUUUUGAGGUCACAAGAUGCAAAAACCCAAUGUUUUCGGCGAAUUUCGGCUUGUCCAUUUCCCCCCUAUGGAUAAAGUUAUCAACAAAAAAUUAAUUUUUCUCACGCAAAACUCUGCAAAUUUAUGGGCAAUUCAAUAUACCGGCAAAGAGCACGCAAAAAUUUUCAAGAAUUGAUAUCUGGAUAUACCGGGCGUCUGUUCAAAAUGUAAGAAAAUAUGAGCGUCCUGCUUCUAGACCUUCAGUUUUUAAUGACAAAAUAAAACAUUGAAGCAGUUUGAAAACGGAUAUUUGAAAAUAUUUUAAAAAUUUCUAACGAUAAGCUGACUUUAAGUCAUUCAUUCAAUGUUUAUUUUCUCAUAAUGUCGCUAGUUCCGGAAAUAAAGCCUUAUCACAAAUUUUCCCCACUAAUUACCUCAUUCGUUACAAUUGAUAAUAUAUCAAGAAAUAGAUGAUAAAUAUUAUCAUGAAAUAGAUGAGAAAAGGACUUUUCGUUCAAAAACGGUUGUUUUGCUUCAGCGAAUAUUCACAAAUGCGUCAUGUAAUAUCUUUAUUUUUAUUUCUAAUCCUCAUCAGCCUAACUGUCUCUCAGUAUCCCACAUUCACGUAUAAUGUCAAAUUAACCGGUGCGUCGGAAAAGCACAGAUUUGCAAUCGACGUAUCUACAUCAACUUCGUUUAUCUUGGAGCGAGACGCCUUUAAUGCAUCUGCUGGCUUUGAAAAUACUUUUGAACCCGCCGACUCUGGCAGCUUUGAGAAAGGCGAAAUCUUUUUUCAACAAUACAAUCUUCCGUACAACAAGAGAUACACGGUUUUGACGGGAUAUUUCGGCGAAGACAUUAUGAAUUCGACGAGUGGAGUCAAAGAAACCUUUGUUGUAAUUAACAAGACAAACAGCAACGAGAUUUUAAAGACGUUGAAUGGAGAUGACUGGCUUGCCGGAAGACUGGGGUUUGGGUUGACAAGCCCGGAGAAUCGGACUAGCAGCCUGGGAUAUUCGCUAUUGACGAAAAACGAAGCCAUUAUGUGUCUGCUCGUGGACAAAGUAAAGUAGGUGAAAAUAAAAGGCGCUACAACUUUUUGGGUCAGCGACAGUUUGGAUCAACAAUAUAGUACCAUGGAUUGCUUCGGUUAGUCGUUGUAUUUGAGAGAGGAUGGGAGAAGGCUUAGUUAGCAGAAAUAUUAUAAGACUUCCUUGGUCCUAGGGUGGCCUAUCACCUAUUUUGAGGUGUUUUACAUGUACUCACAUCAUUAAUAUUUAGAUAAAAGUCAUGUAUCUUCGUUUUCUGCCACAAGUUUUGAUUUUUAUAUGUGAUGAUACAAUAACUCGGGGUGAAGAAAAAUAACGUUAGUAUUAGUCAAAAUUAGAAAAAGUGGGAAUAUUGCAAGUCUUCGCCGAGCCUUCGCCGAGUGUCCGCCGACCAUCCCACGGCUUUUCCAGCCCUCGUAGGAGUUUCUGACGACCUUUUUUUGGGGAUCCACCUACCCGACGCUCCGUAUCGAUCGAUUUUGUGUUGACCCAAACUGUUGUCGACCCGAAAAGUCGAGACUCGAACGGAUUUCGUGCAGAAUGGCAUUUAUUUUUCAGGCGGACAACUACAGUUACCUUCCAAAAGCCACCACUUGGAGAAGAGAUCGUCUGCGAUUUCCCCGAGCCGAAUAAUGAAGGCCUUUGGGAAAUCAACGUUUCAGCCGUCGUUUUUGGAAAAUUUAAUCUUCCAGCCAACUAUACGGCUGUUUUGAGUACGACCACAGCGCAGCUUCACCUCCCAACCAAAGCCUUUAAUGGAAUUCUCAAAGAGCUGAAUGCCACAUGGAGCGACGAACAUCAAACGCACGUUACUAACGUUGAGAUUCACACUGGCCCCUUAGCGUUGAAACACGGCGACGUUGGAGCGCUAGAAAUCAUUUAUGGUUCGUUUACAAGGAGAGUUUGCGACGUGAGACUGAUCGACAUACGAGCACACGACAAGAACGUGAUUGUUCUGGGGAUGCCCUUUUUCACUUGCAACAAUGUCUGUCUUGAUUUUGACAAGGCAGAGGUCAGCUUCAGCAAGAACUAUUAG